CAGGGAGUGGCCCCGUCCCGCGGCCUUCCGGGGUAUCCCGGUCCGGCGUGAUCCCGGCGUGAUUCCGGGAUAUUCCCGUCCGGUGUAAACCCGCUGCAAUCCCGGGGUGAUCCCAGGGCAUCCCGGCCCGGCCCGCUGCCAUCCCGGGGUAUCCCAGCCCCAUCGCGCUCUGAUCCCGCUGGAAUCCUGGGGUGAUCCCGGGGUAUCUCGGUGUGAUCCCGCUGUGAUCCCGGCGUAUCCCGGCCCCGUCCCGCUGUGAUCCCGCUGGAAUCCCGGGUAUCCCCGCCCCGCCGCCAUGGGGAAGAAGGGCAAGCGCGACAAGAAAGGGAAAGGCGCCGAGAAGACGCUGGCCAAGAUGGAGAAGAAGGUGUCCCGCCGAGCCAAGAAGGAGGAGGAGGAUCUUGAAGCCCUGAUAGCAGAAUUCCAGAGUUUGGAUGCUAAAAAGACCCAAGUAAUUGAGUCAUCCUGCCCACCCCCCUCACCCAGGCUGAACUGCUCCUUCUGUGCUCACCCUGAGAGAGACGAGCUGAUCCUUUUUGGAGGUGAAUAUUUCAAUGGCCAAAAAACCUACCUGUACAAUGAGCUGUACAUUUACCACAUCAGGAAGAACAGCUGGGCCAAGCUGGACAUCCCCAACCCACCCCCGAGGCGUUGUGCUCACCAGGCAGCUGUGGUGCCCACGGCUGGGGGGCAGCUCUGGAUCUUCGGGGGCGAGUUUGCCUCUCCCAACGGGGAGCAGUUCUACCACUACAAAGAUCUCUGGGUCCUGCACUUGGCCACCAAGACCUGGGAGCAGAUCAAGGCACCAGGAGGGCCCUCUGGACGAAGUGGACAUCGGAUGGUUGCGUGCAAAAGGCAGCUGAUCAUCUUUGGAGGUUUCCAUGAGACUGCAAGAGAUUUCAUCUACUACAAUGAUGUGUACACCUUCAACCUGGACUCCUUCACCUGGAGCAAGCUGGCUCCUGCAGGGAUGGGGCCUGCUCCAAGGUCUGGCUGUCAAAUGACUCCCACCCCUGAGGGCAACAUCAUCAUCUAUGGGGGCUACUCCAAGCAGAGGAUCAAGAAAGAUGUGGACAAAGGCACCCUGCACACAGAUAUGUUCCUGCUGAAGGCUGAAGGGACAGGCAAGGAGGAAGACAGGUGGAGCUGGAGUCGGCUCAGCCCCUCUGGAGUGAAGCCCAGCCCCAGGUCUGGCUUUGCUGUGGCUGCUGCUCCCAACAACCGCUGCCUCCUCUUUGGGGGGGUGCAGGAUGAGGAGGAGGAGGAGAGCAUUGAGGGGGACUUCUUCAAUGACAUUUAUUUCUAUGACAUCGGGAAGAACCGCUGGUUCCCUGCACAGCUCAAGGGCCCAAAGUCAGAGAGGAGGAAGCGCAGGCGUGGCAGACAGGCUGAGGCAGAGGCUGCUGGAGGGGAGGAGCUGCAGCUGCCACCUCCCCAGGCCCCCCUGGAGAUCGUCAAGGAGGUGGUGGCAGAAGAUGGCACCGUCAUGACCAUCAAGCAGGUGAUCCCUGGAGCUGCAGAAGACAAGGACAGGUCUGGCUCAGAGGAGGAGGAGGAGGAGGAGGAGGAGGAAGGUGGAGCCCUGGGCCAGCCCGUGGAGCCGUGCCCACGCUCCAGUGCCAUGGUGGCAGUGAAGCACGGGGUCCUCUACGUGUACGGGGGCAUGUUUGAGGUGGGCGACCGCCAGGUGACCCUCAGUGACCUGCACAGCAUCGACCUGCACAGGAUGGAGCAGUGGAAGGUGCUGCUGGAGAUGGAUCCAAAAACCCAGGAAUGGCUGGAAGAGUCAGAGUCAGAUGAAGAGGAGGAUGAUGAUGUGGAAGGUGCAGAGGGAGGGGAGGAAGAUGAAGAGGAGAGCUCUGAAGAGGAGAGUGAAGAUGAGGAAGGAAGGAAUCCUUUGCCUUGCUCAGCACUCGCCCUGUUGUCCUCUCACUUGGCCCUGUGUCUGGAAAGGGAAAGGAAGGAGAAGAGGAAGCAGAACUGCGACAGGAGGGAAUCAGACCAUGUAAGGAAAAGAACUGAAUUUAACUGGCACAUGCUCUAAUCCUUAGUUUAUUUCUGGUUAAAAAUAUAGCAAUCCAGUGCAGUGUAAUAAGAAAUCUGCUGAAAAGGUAGCAGAGAAACAGCUAAAACAGAAGCAAAGCAAAGCUGAGUCCACGAGUCCGGGCUGGAUCCAACAACUCUGGACGUGAAUGUCGGGAAGGGCUUUUCCCUCCUUCCCCACCCCCAAAAUCUCCUGGGAGGGUCUCACCCCCCUCGGGAGCUGCCACCCUCCUGCACCUUUCUCCUGCUGCAGCUGCAGGGGGGGAUGAGGGUGGGAUUUGGUCCCUGGUCCUGCCAAAUCCCAAAGGAGCCGUGGGAGCUGCUGGUGGGGGAGCACCGAGGGGAGGGACGGGAGCUUUGGGAGCGGCACUGCCCAGGGCUGGAGCUGAGAGCGCGCUGUGUGAUCGGCACCAGGACAGCUCAGAACAGGGAUACGCAUCUUUAAUGAGUAUGCAGAUUAUCCGUGGGGACAGGGAGGGGACAAAAAUCAAGGCAGGCAUAGUACAAAGAUGGUAGAAACGAACAAAUUAAGUGACAUAGAAAAAAAAAAAAAGAAAGAAAAUACAUCCUUAGAGGCUGCCAUUGCCAAUGAUGUUUGGUUUGAUUUUCUUUUUUUUUUCUUUUUUUUUUUCUUCUUUUU